CCGCGACGGCGGCUGGGCUCCGCGGACGGAGGGCGCCGCCCGCCGCUGGCAUGGGGCCGUUGCCGUGGCCCCGGCCGCUGCUGCUGCUGCCGCUCGGGUGCUUCGCGCUGCUCCUGCCGCCGCCCGCCGCCACCGAGUUCAGCCCCUCCCUGGACAGCGACUUCACCUUCACGCUUCCCGCCGGCCGCAAGGAGUGCUUCUACCAGCCCAUGCGCAAGGAGGCCUCGCUGGAGCUCGAGUACCAGGUUCUAGAUGGAGCAGGAUUAGAUGUUGAUUUUCAUCUGCUGUCUCCAAAAGGUGAAACUCUGGUUUUUGAUGAAAGAAAAUCAGAUGGAGUUCAUACGGUGGAAACAGAAGAUGGGGAUUACAUGUUCUGCUUUGACAACACAUUCAGUACCAUUUCUGAAAAGGUGAUUUUCUUUGAACUGAUCCUGGACAAUAUGGGAGAAGAUGGACAAGAUCAGGAAGACUGGAAGAAGUAUGUUACCGGCACAGAUCUCCUAGAUAUGAAACUGGAAGAUAUUCUGGAAUCCAUCAACAGUGUCAAAGCCAGAUUAAGCAAAAGUGUCCAGAUUCAGACUCUGCUCAGAGCAUUUGAGGCUCGUGACCGAAAUAUACAAGAAAGCAACUUUGACAGAGUGAAUUUCUGGUCCAUGGUCAACUUGGGAGUAAUGGUGGUGGUAUCAGCUGUUCAGGUUUACAUGUUGAAAAGUCUCUUUGAAGAUAAGAGGAAAAGUAGAACUUAAUAUUCAGUAUGAUCGUAACAAUAGAACAGGUAUGGGGGGGAGAGGUAGAGCAAUGAACUACUACAGUAAAGAAAAAAAAAAAAACCAAAAACAUGACCUUUCAGAUUCUUUCAAACAGGCAGUAGAUACCAAGUUUUCAAUUCAUGUUGGGUUUUUUGGUUGUUUUGUGGUGGUGGUCUUGUUUCUUUGUUUUGGGUUGGUUUUUUUAAUAUGAACAGAAUGCCUUGCCCCAAGCUCUUCCAUUUUUGCAAAUGCUACUAUUUUUUUUUUUUACUUGUAGCAUUUAUUAAUGGUUGUUAAUGACUAACUUAUGCAUAGUGCACAGGAUGCUUGGUACAUAUGCAAAGUGAUGUUAAUAGUGUCACUUUUUUCAUGGUCACAUAAAACUUUAAAUGGUAACUUAGACAUUGGUUUAUUUGCUGUUAAAUAUUGCAUAAAUUUACAUAUGUGCCUAAGUGUUUACAGGAUUAGGACCCACAGGGGUAGUCUGUAGUUACUGUCAUUUACCUUCAAAGUUAUGUGUUUUUAAAAUCCUCAGCUUUUGUUAUAUCAUGGAAAAACACUGGGCUAACAUUGUAAGAACAAAAUGAGAACUCUUUUUAUAUACAGAUGACUAACAUCAGCACUUUCAAAAAGCACCAUCAGUGUGAAAUCGAGUCAGUGUUGAAAAGAAUUAGAGAAAAUAGGUGCAAUUCCUGUUCCUAAAUCUUUCUGUCCUGUAGCUGUACAACCUCAUUUUCCUUUUUGGCUGUUACACGAGAUCAAGAGACAAGUGACUGUAUGGUAUACGAACAAAUGCACACACACCUUCAAGUAUGUUUGCGAACCCUUAGUUACUGUAACCUCAUGUAAUAGAUGAUUUUCAAGAAGUCAUUUCUCAUAUUAUUCUUUCCCUUUAAUAAAGGAGGGGGGGGCGGUGUCACAGUAUGUGAAAACGUAACAUUAAUUUUUGUAGUCUCGAAAUCCCUCUUAUUUGCCUUUUUUUUUUUUUUUUUUAGUUUUUGUCUACUACAUCCAUGACUAAUGUAGCAGUUAGUAGGGUGACUAACAGAGGCAUGAAAAACCAAAGCUAUUCACCUAAACUUUCCUUUUUUGCUCACCCUCACAAGUCUUUUAGCUGUAUAAGUACACUCAGUUCAUAUGAGCAGUGUUUCCAUAGCUAUUUAUAUGAGUAAGGCAUGAAUUACAUGAGCAAUAAGUACAGGCUUCAAAUUUUAGGAUCAACUGGAUAUCAGUAAUAUCAGUUAACUAAGGCAAAGCUAUCCUCAAAUCACUAAUUUGUAAUUUCUAUAUGAAGUGGCUUUUAACAGUGUAGUGAGGGUAUGGAGAAUUUUUGCCCAAACCCCUGCUGUGUGAGAAUUAACUUUUUUUAAUAGUUCAGAGUUAGUCAUUUUUACAAUGUGCCAAGUCACUGAAAUUUCCUGUAUAAACACGUUAAAUUACAUUUCAUCACAAAAGUGUUUUUAAAAAGCACUUCCUUAAAAAACACUUUUUAAAAAAAGUAUGUAUGUAUGAAUAUUCUGCCUGGUGUUGGGUCAUCUGGGUGUGAAGAGCAGAAUUGCAACUUUGAGACUUGCUGUGAUUAAAAAUUAUUUUAUGGAGAUAAAACAGGGUCAAUAGAUGCAUGAAGAAACACUUUGUUCAAAUGAAGCAGAUGCUAGCAAGGGCUACAGUACAUACAAACAGCACUUCAGCUUCAACUUCAGACAACUGGACCUAGCAAUAAUAUUUCUAAAUAGAUUUUAUAAGCAGAAGUACUAUUCCUUACAGAAGUUGUUAUAGAGGGCUCCAAAGGCUGUUGAGCUACUUUUUCUUUUCUGCAAAGCUGUGUCCAAAAUAAGAUUGUUUCACUUAAGGGUUCUGCAUAUCUUCUUUUUCCACAUGAUGCUUUCUAUUCUAAACCGCCUGGAAUUAGAAAGCUUAUUUCUGUGAUUAGGACAAAGUGUAGGAGAAAUUAAUUUUUUCUGCUAGAGUGGCAAAUAAUAUUUUUCUGCCAUUUCCCUGUAUAUCUCCCAGUACCAAUAUACCACAUAUCUACAUCAGGACAUAAGCCAAAGCUCACUGAAGUCAACUUCCAAGGUUUUGAUCAGGUCCCUUCAGGACAGGCAAGUAAGAUUUGUAGGGCUCUGCCCCUUUUGCUAGAAGAGGAGAUCUAUCUUCGCUUGCAUCACAAUGAGUAUGAUGCUACAAACCAUCUGCAAAAUGCUGAACCAGCUCUGUGAAGCAGUUACUAAGACAUCUACCUCUUAAAUCAAAGCUACUAGAUUCUAGAUUUCAUCUUAGACCUCCAACAGAUGAGGUCUGCCACAGUUUCCAAGGGCACCUUAAGGGAUUAGGUUCCCCAGCUGCUCUGAUGUGCCUCUCCGACAGUGGUUAUACAUCCAGUGGCAAAACAGGAUGGUGUAUUAGCUUAAGCUGCUAAAGAAUGCAGACUUCUGUGAUCAAAGACACAAGGCCGAACUGCAGCAGUUUCUCCAAUUCCAAGUAGCAGUCUCUGGCAGAAGAAAAAUAACGCAACAAUUGUCAGCAGAGUUCAUCUGGAAGAAAUUAUUAUUUUGCAACUAAGAGCUCUGACUGUAUUUUCUCCCCAUUCAAGGUUCAUUACAGAAAACAAAACAGGGAAUAACUACAAAAGGUAACUGUGCUUUGACUUUGGGAGCAGGACUAUGUUUAUCAUAGGUGAAGGAUUUGGCUUGUAAACUUGCAGCUAAAUAAUAUUCCAUUUGGGUUUUGAAGAGUAGAUUGCUUUUGAUUGUAUAAAAUUUACAAAGGAGAAUAUAAAUUAAUUUUUAAUGGAUUUUUUUAUUCAGAAUUAAAUGUUUUAAGACUUGCAGAUGUUGAAUAAAAUUAUGCAAAACUUGAGAUUUUCAAUAAAUGAAGUUUAAAUGUG